AUGGCAGUGAGAGCAGGUAGGCAGAAUAGCUAUCAGCAGCUAUUCCGUGUUAGUCCUGAAACCAGUGAAUACCAGUACUGCGGAGAACAAGAUUUCCUUAAAGUCCUUGACAGUGAAUAUCACGCCUUGGAGGAAGACACGACUGGCUGUAGAAGCCAGUAUAUUAUCAUUUCUAAUGUUGACGAGCAAACAUUUUCAGAGACUUUCUCAAGUCCCAAUCUAUGCAAGAAGCUUUUCACCUGUUCGUUUUUUGAAUAUAUUCCAGACCUUGCUCUACUUCUCGUGAGGAUGACCACAGCAGCUCAUGAGCAGGCACACAAUGCCCUCCAUACUAUGAUCAUCCGCAAGUGUGCAUUUAUGAAUGGGCUGGACUUGGGGCUACAACUGACAGGACAAGUCGCGAUUACAUCUAACGGGCGCACGAAGAAAGCCGACCAGACGUACCGUCCCAUAGUCCUUCCGCAACCCCGUUCUGACCACUGGCCUACAGUGGUGAUCCAAUGCGCGUACUCGUACUCUCAGCCAGGGUCGAAGCUCGCGGAUGACGCUCGCUGGUGGUUGUUGGAAGCAGGUGGUGAUGUGAAAACAGCUCUUACCAUUUUUGUUCACCAAACAAGAAGAGGAGUCGUUAUCGAGAAAUGGCAAUUAAUCCCACGGGAAACAAGACAGGACCAAAACAAGAAGGUCCCUGAAAUAACUCAGCGGGCUGUCAUGUCCCAGAAGACAGACAACGACCCCAUUCGUGUGACAGGAUACCCUCUAACCCUACCCUUCGAGCACUUUUUCCUUCGGCCCGCCAAUCCUGGCGAAGGGGACAUUGUCCUGGACGAAUCGGAUCUGAAGACCAUCGCGAAUUUAAUCUGGAACGUACAUUCCAAGGUCUAA